AUGGUCGGUGCGAAGCGGAAAGUCGCGACUGCGAUUAGAACAAAGUCCACAGGUCCUUCAUCCUCCGCGAAAGCUUCACAUCACGAAUUCGACAUGACAGACAAGGAUUACAACUCUAGUGACAGUGAAGGAGAUGAUGAGGAUGACAUUCCCGAGAAGGACGAGGUAGAAGAGAAACUCGAGCAGAUGCUCUUCGGCGACGAUGAAGGUUUCCAGGAAGCGCUGAAAAAUCAUGGACGACAUCAAGAGUCUACCGGUCUUGUCAUGCGUAGCGAUCAAGAAGAUGGAGAAGGAGAAGUAGAAGAUGAAGACAAACACAAUAUGGAUGAUGUGGCAGAUGCCGAUCUCUUUUUUCUAGACUCAGGCGCCCCGGAAGUACAAGAUGCUAUAGAUCACCACCCCGAUGCUUUGGCGGUCGAAUUGAAAGGCGAAUCUGGUGCUGUUACUAAACCCGCUGUAUGGAACGAUAGCGACGACGAGCGCAUGGCCAUAUCCCUCGCGGGUCAUCGACAAUUACGAAAAUUGCGUGUUGUCGAGUCAGAAGACGUCGUCAACGGAACGGAGUAUAUAAGAAGGCUGCGAACGCAAUAUCUGCGCUUACACCCUACACCUGAUUGGGCAAAUACAGAAUUGCGAAACAAGCGCAAGUCUAGACGGAAUAGUCACGGUACUAAUGGUUCUGAAGAUGGUGUUUCGAGCAGUGAGGAUGAUAUGGAUACCGAUGAUGAUGAGGAUCUCUCGACCAAGCCAUUAGCGAAACUUUUGCAAGGUGCCGGGGACCUGAUUAAAGGGAGUGAGGACGGUGCUACAGGAAAACGGGCGAAACUACGUCAGGAGGUUAUAGAUAUUCGUCGAUUGAAGGAUGUUGGAGGUGUUCAGCCUUCAUCGAUAGAUUCUCUAUCCUUCCAUCCUCACUACUCACUGCUUCUCUCCUCCGGUCCUGCAUCAACUGUCUGGUUACAUCACAUCUCGCCCAGCGCGCCCACUCCCAGCAAUCUACUGACAUCCCUUCAAAUCCGGAAAACACCCUUGUACACAUCAGCAUUUUCCUCUCCCACCGGAAACAAGAUCUACGCAUCCGGUCGACGACGCUAUUUCCACGUCUGGGAUUUGGAAUCUGGCCGAAUAGAAAAAAUCAACCCUACAGCCGAUCGCAAGGAAGAACAAAAAUCAAUGGAAAGAUUCAAACUCUCCCCCUGUGGAAGAUAUAUCGGCUUGAUAGGUUCUGCCCGUAAAGGCGGCGGUAUGAUCAACAUCCUCGACUCAACAACUGCCCGAUGGAUAGCCCAAGCUCGCGUCGACGGUCUCGGGGGUGUGGCUGAUUUCGCCUGGUGGAGCGACGGAAACGGUAUGGUAAUCGCAAGCAAGAAUGGCGAAAUCUCUGAAUUCGACAUGCGUCUUCGCCGCGUUAUAUGUCGCUGGACCGAUGCAGGUGCCGUGGGCACUACAGUGAUCGCUCUAGGCGGUUCUUCAGGUCGACCACAGCUGGGUGGGGACCGAUGGGUUGCCGUGGGAAGUUUCAGCGGUAUCGUGAACAUCUACGACCGUAAACCAUGGCAGGGUGCCGCGGCACAGGCGGAACAAUCCAAGAAACACAACAUCGAAGAUGCUAUACCCAGUAACCCAACACCGGUCAGAGCAUUGGAACAACUUACGACGUCUAUUACCCAAAUUGUUUUUGCACCUGAUGGGCAGUUCAUGGUUAUGGCUAGUAAAUGGAAACGAGAUGCGUUGCGACUUGUUCAUCUACCAUCAUGCACCGUCUAUCGUAACUGGCCCACGUCAAACACACCAUUUGGCCGUAUCACAUCUGUGACCAUAUCGCCGCAAUCGAAUCUUCUAGCCGUCGCUAAUGAGCAGGGCAAAAUCCGACUGUGGGAGAUCAAUGGUUAAAGAGAUAAGCCUCUGAAAAUGGCUCGAAAAGUUUAUUUUCCUUUCAUAUUGUUGGAUAGAUAGGAGUUUGGGGGAAUAUAUAGCUGCAAUGCAUGAGGAAGCGUGAUCUUUUCGGAAGGUCUUCCCCAAUUCACGUUUCGUAUAUACACAC